GGGGUUUUAAGGAGAUUCGUCUACAGCGGAGGAAUGUUGCCUAUGGGCGCGCAUAUGGCAGCGAUUGGUUCGCCAACAGGGCUUAGGUACAUCUUGGGUCACGCGUAAAUAACAUAUGAUACCGAGCUCAGCUGAGAGUUUUCCCAGGUCCAAGCGAAUGAGAGCUGGUGGAUGCCUAACAGGUGACCACCAGCGGUGGUAACAUGGCUAAGCAUGGUUGCCUCAGAUCAAGAGUGGGCUCGAGGUGCAUUCCGAGUCUUCGCACUGGUCGUGGAAAGUAGAAUCGAGGCACGUCGAAAGACUGACAUGACUGGUCCAUUCCGCACACUGUUAUACCAAAGGUGGGGGCGCGUUCGCUACCACGCGGCUUCCUUCCUGGCUAUAAUGGGGUGGUAUGUUGCCCGAUUAAAUCUGCGAGCACGAGGAACGUUAAUGGAUGCAAGUAAUGUGAUCAAGAAUAGUUUUGAACUUGGCAAUGAUUCCUGGACAGUGAGGGUUUGAACCCUUUUGAAACCCCCUGAAAGCCCCCUGAAAGCAUCCCGGAACCGCUGCUGCGCGAGGAUAAAAUCGACAGCUCCCAAA